AUAAAUAUUUAAGAAUUGGUGAGACAAAGUACAAAUACAACAAAAUAGAGGGGUUAAAUGCAAAAUCUCCGGCUCUCAACGAGUUAGAUCGAUACGGGGCUCAGUCACCUUCCUCGCUGCCCGAAUUUGCUGUGAGCAUCAGAGCUGCUCUACCAGGGUCACUCUCUGGUGCCAAGGUCUGGCCUUCCAAGUGCAAAAGAACAUGUUCGAGUUUUAUGAGGGGAUGUGACCAGAACCAGGAUCUUCAUGAAGGAAUGAUUCUGAAUGAAACUUGUUAUGUGAAUUCUGAACAUAACAUGGUCUCGGAAACGCUACAAAAUACUCGGCUGAUGGAUGGAAAGGCUGAAAACAAUCUUCAUGAUCAAAAUGAUCAAAUUCUACUGGAAGGCUUUAAUGGACAGCAUGAAAAUGUGGGGUUGGAUGGGAUUAAUGCUACUCCCUGUUCUGAUGAAAAUUGUCGGGAAGAAAAUACAUCAGGAACAUCCAGUAGAGAUAUGGCAGACAAUCUAAAUGGAAGCAUGCUACCAGAUAUUAUAUCUAAAAGAGUGAGGCAGCAGAAAGAAAUGACUUUGGAAGAUAUGUAUAAUGACCAAUAUGAUUAUGAUGAUGACGAUGAUAGUGAUUGGGAGCCCUUGCCGGGGCCUACAGCAGUCAUAAGGUGGUUUUGUGUCAAUUGUACGAUGGCUAACCAAGACGAUGUUGUACAUUGUGAUAUAUGUGGGGAACAUAAAGAAUCCGGAAUCCUCAAGCAUGGGUUUUUUGCAUCACCUUUUUCACAAGAAGCAGGCCUUAUUCAUACUGAUUCAGAAGUAGUAGAAAGAUGCCAAGACUCACGCUCACCAAAUCUCACCUCAAACAACUCCACUGCUGUGGGUUUUGAUGAGAGAAUGUUGCUGCACUCUGAAGUUGAAAUGAAGUCACACCCACACCCAGAAAGGCCAGACCGUCUUCGAGCUAUUGCUGCUAGCCUUGCUACUGCAGGUAUAUUUCCUGGAAAAUGCUACCCAAUUUUGGCAAGAGAGAUUACUCGAGAAGAACUGCAGAUGGUCCAUUCUUUGGAGCAUGUUGAAACUGUAGAACUUACAAGCCGUAUUCUUUCGAGUUAUUUCACUCCUGAUACAUAUGCUAAUGAGCAUUCAGCACUUGCUGCUCGGCUUGCAGCUGGUUUAUGUGCUGAUCUUGCUUCUGCAAUUUUUUCUGGACGUGCCAAAAAUGGUUUUGCUUUGGUUCGCCCUCCUGGUCAUCAUGCUGGUGUUAGUCAGGCGAUGGGGUUCUGCCUCCACAAUAAUGCGGCGGUUGCUGCACUAGCUUCACAGGUUUCAGGGGCUAAGAGGGUGCUAAUUGUUGAUUGGGAUGUACAUCACGGAAAUGGCACACAAGAGAUAUUUGAGCAGAACAAAUCGGUUUUGUAUAUAUCCUUGCAUAGACAUGAAGGGGGAAACUUCUAUCCUGGUACUGGGGCAUCACACGAGGUGGGCAGUAUGGGUGCAGAAGGAUACUGUGUGAAUAUUCCAUGGAGUCGUGGAGGAGUUGGGGACAAUGAUUAUAUUUUUGCAUUCCAGCAUGUUGUGCUUCCUAUAGCUUCUGAGUUUGCUCCUGAUUUCACCAUAAUAUCAGCAGGAUUUGAUGCUGCAAGGGGUGAUCCCCUUGGUUGCUGUGAUGUAACACCUGCUGGCUUUGCAAAGAUGACAGAUAUGUUGAAUGUUCUCUCUGGUGGAAAGUUGCUUGUUAUUCUUGAGGGCGGCUAUAAUCUUCGUUCAAUAUCAUCAUCUGCCACUGCAGUGAUCAAGGUACUGCUUGGUGAAACUCCUGGAUGCGAAUUGGAUAACUGCUUGCCUUCCAAGUCUGGCUUGCGAACUGUUCUGGAAGUCCUGAAAAUUCAGAUGAACUUCUGGUCUACUCUGGCAUCGACCCUUACAAAAUUGGAGUCAGAAUGGGGAUCAUGUUUAGUUGAAAACCGAAAAAAGCAUACUAAAAAGAGACGGCGGGCUGUGGCACCAAAACCAUGGAAAUGGGGGCGAAAAACUUUGUUAUAUCAUCUUCUGUCUGGCCAUCUUCGUUACAAAUCAAAGCGGAUUUAGGUGACUUCAUAGAUCUGAUUUUUACGCAUAUGCUUCUUUUACUUGUAAUUUUCCCUUUAUGCACCCUUGUAUACCAGCUAGUUUCAGGGUAAUUUCCUUUUUGUAUGAAAUGACGGCUUAAUUAUAUUCAAGUGCUUCAGGAUAACUUCUUUUUUCUCAUGAAGUCUAAUUGUAAUCAUGGUUUUACAUUUCCCUCCCCUUUUCCUUCUACCAGAAGGGGGGAAGAAAAAGGGAAGGCUGAAUUUCUAAUACAUGUUGAUGGUUUGUUGGUA